AUGAGCGAAUUGAAUCUAGAUAAAAUCCUUCAGCAAAUACGUCAAGGCGAAAACUUGGAAGAAGGCGUCUUUGUAUCUCUUCUCAUGAAGUUGAUGGAAGUUCUCUAUUGUGAAAGCAAUUUGAUUGAGCUAACUUCGCCAAUUACAAUUUGCGGUGAUGUUCAUGGCCAGCUUUAUGACGUUUUUGAACUCUUCAAAGCUGGUGGAGAUCCUGCAACCACAAAAUAUUUAUUUAUGGGUGAUUAUGUUGAUCGUGGUUACUAUUCUUGUUUAACGUUCGCAUAUUUAGCAGCUCUCAAACUCAAAUACCCAGGAAAUGUAUACUUACUUAGAGGAAAUCAUGAAUGCCGUCAGGUUAAUCAAAUGUAUGGUUUUUAUGCUGAAUGCACCUUAUUAUACGGUCAUAGCGGAGUUUGGUCACUAUGCAAUGAAGUUUUCGAUUUACUACCUUACUGCGCAUUAAUUGAUGGAGAAAUAUUUUCAACUCAUGGAGGUCUUUCUCCCGAAAUACCAUUAAUCGAUAAAAUCAAUUCUAUUAACAGAGUUGAAGACGUCCCAAGUACAGGGCCAUUUGCUGACCUUACAUGGAGUGAUCCUGAUGAUACAACAUGGUCUCCAAAUCCUAGAGGUGCUGGCCAUUGCUUUGGCGAGCAACCAACAAGAGAAUUUUGCCAUCUAAAUGGAUUACGCUUCGUUACAAGAUCUCAUCAACUUGUUAUGCAAGGUUAUGAAUGGUACUUUAAUAAUCUUCUCGUAAAUAUCUGGUCAGCCCCGAACUACAUGUACCGUAGUGGAAAUAAGGCGAGCGUCAUGAAAUAUGCAGGAAAAGGAGAGAAUGAACUUGUCAUUUUUAAUCCUUGCCCUGCUUCAGAAAGAAAGAUACCAGCAGAACUCCCAACCUCAGGAUACUUCAUAUAA